AAUCCAACGGAUCUUAAAGGAUCGAAUUGAAUGGCCCAUCUGCGGCCUGGUCCCCCAACUUGGCGUUUUUCUUCCAUAAUUGGAAUCCCUUUUUCACUUCCUUUCCCGGGAAAAUCUUGCAUUGCUCUUACUUAAUUCUGUUAGCUUCAUCGGAAUCAAUGGCGGCUUCUUAUCCCAAGCUCCAGUUACGGGACCUGGGAAACACCGGCCUCAAAACCAGCAGUGUCGGCUUUGGUGCUUCCCCUCUCGGCAGCGUCUUCAGCACCGUCUCUGAGGAGGAUGCCGUCGCCGCCGUUCGUGAAGCCUUUCGUCUUGGCAUCAACUUCUUCGACACCUCCCCGUACUAUGGAAGGACCUUAUCAGAAAAGAUGCUUGGUAAGGGACUGAAAGCUCUAGGAGUUCCAAGGAGUGAGUAUAUAGUGUCAACAAAGUGUGGGAGAUAUGGUGAGGGUUUUGAUUUCAGUGCUGAGAGGGUGACAAGGAGCAUUGAUGAGAGUUUGGCUAGGCUACAACUAGAUUACGUCGAUAUACUGCAAUGCCAUGAUAUUGAAUUUGGAUCUCUUGAUCAGAUCGUGAAUGAGACGAUUCCUGCACUUCAAAAGCUAAAGGAAGCUGGGAAGACUCGUUUCAUUGGUAUUACAGGGCUUCCAUUGGAAAUAUUUACGUAUGUGCUUGAUCGAGUACCACCUGGGACCAUUGAUGUGAUUCUUUCAUAUUGUCACUACAGUAUUAACGAUUCAACAUUGUUAGAUUUGCUACCUUACUUGAAGAGUAAGGGAGUUGGAAUAAUCAGUGCGUCUCCCCUAGCAAUGGGACUUCUAACUGAUCAUGGUCCCCCAGACUGGCACCCAGCUUCACCAGAAUUGAAGUCUGCAUGUCAAGCUGCAGCUGCUCAUUGUAAAAAGAAGGGAAAAAAUAUUUCAAAGUUAGCCCUCCAAUACAGUCUGGUAAACAAAGAUAUUUCAACAGUGCUGGUUGGCAUGAACUCUGUUAGACAGGUGGAGGAAAACGUAGCCGCUGCUGAAGAACUUGCCACAUUUGGGAGGGAUGAGGAAACUCAAUCGGAGGUUGAAGCUAUCCUUAUCCCUGUCAAGAAUCAGACAUGGCCAAGUGGAAUCCAAAAGAGCUGAUAUUUUAGCCGCUGCUGCUAGAUGCAAGGGAGUCAGGUUACAUAAUCCUUCUGCCUAACCUCAACACGAAUCAAAUGUACCUGCGCAGAAAGGUUAAUCAGAUCCCUAAAGGUAGAAGGCCAGUUUGAAGUUCCAUCAGGACACAAAAAAUCACCCAUCUUAGCAUGAAGGGGGGAAUUAUCUGCAUCCAAGAUAACUGUAGUACUAAACUGUUGGAAGAUGGACCCCCAUCUAAUCAUGGGUCAAAUCAAAUUGAAUAACAAUGCCCAUUACCAAUAGAAAAUCAAUCAAUCAAGGAACUCAAACUAUCCGAACGUGAAGAUUAGCCCUCCAACACUAAGACAAACACAUAGAUGCCCUAAUGACCCAAAUACUCUGACCUGUAAACUAUAUGCCUCCACCUAUGCAACUCGCGGAGAUCUAAAUUGAAUCAAAAUGAGCCACAAUAACAGCAACAUUCCAAAAGGAAUGUAACGAAUACCCAUACCACCCUUUCUAUGCUGCACCCAACACUAUCUACUUCCCCCUCCAAAGGAAUGUUGCAAAUACCCAGACCACCCUCUAGAUCUUGCAAUUAUGCAAUUUAUUUUGUAUUACCCAAAUUUUAUCAAAUAGUCACCUGGUAUAGUGGCUGAGUGCUUGCCUUACCACAUCAUGGUGUGGAAUUCGAUCUUGUAAUUAUGCAGUUUAUUAUAUAUUACUACCCAAAUGAUAUUCUUCUA